CACCAGCAACCUGCAGAAAGCAAUAGAUCUUGCUAGCAAGGCAGCACAAGAAGAUAAAGCAGGAAACUAUGAGGAAGCCUUCCGCUUGUACCAACAUGCUGUGCAGUAUUUUCUCCAUGUUGUUAAAUGUUUAUUUUAAGACAGGAGGCAGGUGUUUGCUGUCUCUCCUCUGGACUUUUGUAGCAGUGUAUCAAGCUGGCCACUGCACGAGGAAAUAUGACAAUAAGUACAGGGAUCCCUGUAUUUCUGUUGUGCUGAAAACCAUGUUCCACAUUUAAGUCUUUGCUGUAUUUGCAGAGUGCUUUUUGCUCCUUUAAUUCAUGCUGCUUGCCCUUUAAAGCCCUUCUGUUGACAUUUUAUACUCCUUAAUGUCAUAGUGUUGCUGUUUAUUUUGGCCAAGAAAAUGUAUGAGAUGGACUUAUACGUAACAGUUUUUCUUCUAUUUCCAUAUUCUCAUUGUUUUAUGCCUUUUCACACUUCUGUGUACCUUUUUUUUGCCACAUUCAGUGUUUGUAUGCAAGGAGUGGGCUUUCUUAAUGUGGGUACAGGCCUAAUGUAAGUGGGCUAGGGUUGCUUGCCUGACAAAAGUCACUUACAGAUCUUCAUGAUUUGAAAAAAAAAAAGUUUUCUUUAUAGUACUUUAUUAUUAGGAUAAUCUGUGUAUGUCAGUUUCUGUCCAUUUAAAUCUUACAGAUGUUCUCAGAAUAUCACUUUCUGUGCUUUUAACAGUACUGAUGUGCUUUUGGAAACUUAGCUCAUAAACCUGACAUGUUAAAUGUUGAUUGUUGGUUUGAACUACUAUAACAGUGAUUAUAAGAACAGCGUGGCUGUUGAAAUACACCUCGUUCUUUCAGAUGUUUCAUGUAAUGUUUCUUUAUCUUUUAAAAAUAGCAGGCUAUGGAAUAAUCAAGUAUGGUUCGAAAUAAAAAUUGCCUAGCACAAGCAACUUCUUGAGUAGCUAUUUUAGAAAAGCAAUUACUAAAGCAAUGUCUAGCAGCUUGAAAGGCUGACAGAAGAGCUUCCAGUGCUUGUUGUUCUUAAUCCUUUAGAGUCAAAUUUUAAGCCAACGCAAUGUUCAGGUGAAUAUUUGAUUUCUGGUACAUGAUGACAUCUUUCUGGUCAGUUCUUCCCAAGGUGUUGUGAAAAAAUUAAGUAGUUGAGAUGUUGGUUAUGUGGUGAGCCCUGAGAGAGGUACACUGAUAAGAGAUAAAGACGACAGGUUUUUUAGUCUUGUUUUUUGAUUGAUGCACAUGUGUUUUGCUGUUUACAAACGAUUGUUUCUCUUCAAACUCUUAGAUGAAGCACAGGGUGAUAAAGCAAAACAGAGCAUUAGAGCAAAAUGUACAGAGUACUUGGACCGAGCAGAAAAGCUGAAAGAAUAUCUGAAAAAGAGAGAAAAAACUGCACCAAAACCAGUUAAAGAGUCUGGUCCUGCUGAAGGAAAAGGGAAUGACAGUGAUGGGGAAGGGGAAUCAGAGGACCCUGAAAAAAAGAAGCUACAGAAUCAACUUCAAGGAGCAAUUGUUAUGGAGCGACCAAAUGUCAAAUGGAGUGAUGUUGCUGGUCUUGAAGGUGCCAAAGAGGCACUUAAAGAAGCAGUCAUCCUUCCCAUUAAAUUUCCACACCUGUUUACAGGCAAGAGAACACCCUGGAGAGGCAUUCUCUUAUUUGGACCACCAGGAACAGGAAAGUCUUAUUUAGCAAAGGCUGUGGCAACAGAAGCAAACAACUCUACCUUCUUCUCAGUAUCUUCAUCUGACCUUGUCUCAAAAUGGUUAGGCGAAAGUGAAAAAUUAGUGAAAAACUUGUUCCAGCUUGCCAGAGAAAACAAACCUUCUAUCAUCUUCAUUGAUGAGAUAGAUUCCCUCUGCGGGUCAAGAAGUGAAAAUGAAAGCGAGGCUGCUAGACGGAUAAAAACAGAAUUUCUAGUCCAGAUGCAAGGGGUUGGUGUUGACAAUGAAGGAAUCUUGGUCUUAGGAGCAACAAACAUACCCUGGGUUUUGGAUUCUGCUAUCAGGAGAAGGUUUGAGAAGCGUAUUUAUAUUUCUUUGCCUGAAGACCAUGCCAGGGCUGCAAUGUUCAGACUUCACCUUGGGUCAACUCCAAAUGAGCUAAAAGACUCAGAUUAUCGAGAGCUUGGGAAAAGAACUGAGGGCUAUUCUGGUGCAGAUAUAAGCGUCAUUGUCCGUGAUGCACUGAUGCAGCCUGUUAGAAAAGUGCAGUCAGCAACUCACUUUAAAAAAGUAAAAGGACCAUCAGUGUCUAAUCCAAAUAUGAUGGUAGAUUUAUUCACCCCUUGCUCUCCAGGUGAUGUUGAUGCCAUAGAAAUGACAUGGAUGGAGGUCCCAGGUGAUAAAUUACUGGAGCCUAAAGUUUCCAUGACUGAUAUGCUCAGGUCGCUUGCUAGCACAAAACCAACAGUUAAUGAACAGGACCUGGAGAAGCUGAGGAAGUUUACAGAAGACUUUGGUCAAGAAGGCUAAACCAAAGAUGUGUGUGAAGAGUUAGAACUUUCUUUUUAAAAUAUUCUCAUGUCUUUAUUGAUGGCACUUCAAAUAAAUGCCAAUAAAAAUCACCCCUUUCUUACUUUGCAGAAGGAAUAGAAGAUACCUUUGCAAAGACCCUUAA